GAGUGCGAGACUGACCUGCCUGGUGAUGUUAUUGACAUGUUUAAGUACUGGUACAAUAACCAAACGAAUUUCGUCAGGUGGGCGGACUCGCGCUCGGACUUGUACCGGUUGGAAUGCGGAGUAAGGCAGGGGGGGCUGACAUCACCAAAAUUAUUUAAUUUAUAUAUGAACACUCUAAUCGUUGAGCUCAGCAGAACCAAAAUCGGAUGUUCUAUUGAUGGAACAUGUGUCAAUAAUAUCAGUUACGCGGACGAUAUGGUGCUGCUGAGUCCAUCGAUUGGCGCUCUCAGGAAACUAAUCGGUGUGUGCGAGGACUACGCGGGGGCCCAUGGACUCAGGUACAACUCGAAAAAGAGCGAGCUGUUAGUGUUUAAUCCGCGCGGUAGCAAAGUUGACACAGUGCCGCCCGCUACGCUAGGCGGAACGCAACUAACGCGAGUGUCAAAGUUCAAAUACCUGGGUCACUGGGUCACUGAUGAUCUUUCGGACAACAUUGACGUGGAAAGGGAGCGUCGGGCAUUGGCGGUCCGGAGCAACAUGUUGGCGCGCAGGUUUACGAGGUGUAGUACAGAAGUAAAAACCACGCUCUUUAGAGCUUUCUGUCAGUCAUUCUAUACCUGUAGCCUGUGGGUCAACUAUACGCAGCGGACCAUCAAUGCCCUCCGAGUUCAAUAUAAUAAUGCGUUCAGGAUGCUGUUGGGAUUGCCGCGCUACUGUAGUGCGUCAGCCAUGUUCGCAGAGGCGCGCACGGAUGGUUUUCACGCCAUUAUGCGUAAACGGGUCGCCUCGAUGGCACGCAGGGCGCGGGCCAGCUCCAAUAGCAUCCUCAACGCAUUAGCAAACCGAUUAGACUGUCCACUCACUAAAGUGCUUAUCGCCCUACAUGUCAGGCCCCGGAUUGCAUAACUUAGUUUGUUUAGUUUAAUUUAAUAUUCUAUAUUAUUUUAUUUUUAUUUUCAAAAUUU